AAGGCAAGGCAAGGCAAGAGAAGAGCAGCAGCGAGCGGCGUUAGUGAAAGCAAUAAACGUGGGAAGGAACUAAACAAAACUUUUUAAUUAAUUCUUCUCUCUCACUCUCUACGGUAGUUAGGGGAAGAACGAAGGGUAAAUCCAACAACUCUCCGCCGGCCGCCGGAGAGUUUCGAUUGUUGCCCAAUUUCUCCGGCCAUACUUUGAUCUGCGGCCGCGGCUGCGGCUGGGGCGCCUUCAGCUUCCGGAGGUUUUGUCAAUUUCCGAUUUGCGCCAGAGAUGAAGAAGCUGAAGAAUUACUAUUUGCAUUUGAAGCAUCCCCACGGAAUGGAACGGAAAUGGAUCUUUCCGGUGGCAAUCGCCUCCGUCGUGUCGCUAUUUCUGCUGUUUUUAACCACCUUAACCUCCCCCGACGGCACGCCGCUUCUCCCCAUCCACGGCUACUACUCGCCGUCCUCGUCGGCCUCUAUUUUCGUCGAGUCGAAGCUGAAACCUCUCCCGAUUUCCUCCCUGCCGCCGCCGCCGCGCUUGGCGUACUUAAUUUCAGGCUCCGCCAGAGACGGCGCGAUGCUCCGGCGGACACUCGAGGCUCUCUACCAUCCGAACAAUCAGUACGUCGUGCACCUCGAUGCCGAGUCUUCCGCCGAGGAGCGCCUGGAUCUGUAUAAUUACGUGUCUACACACACUGUUUUCCGGCGAUUCCAGAAUGUUCGGAUGAUUACAAAGGCUAAUUUGGUGACCUAUCGCGGGCCAACAAUGGUGGCGAAUACGCUUCACGCGGCGGCGAUUUUGCUCAAGGAAGGCGGCGAAUGGGACUGGUUCAUCAAUCUCAGCGCAUCUGAUUAUCCUCUCGUUACACAAGACGAUCUGUUGCACGCAUUCUCAUACUUGCCACGGGAUCUUAAUUUCAUUGAUCAUACAAGUGAUAUUGGGUGGAAAGAGUUCCAAAGAGCAAAGCCUGUAAUAAUUGAUCCAGGGCUGUAUAUGACCCAAAAGGCCGAUGUGUUCUGGAUUACACAGAGAAGAAGUGUUCCAACUAAGUUUAAGCUCUUUACUGGAUCAGCUUGGAUGGCGCUUUCUCGGUCGUUCAUUGACUACUGCAUCUGGGGUUGGGACAACCUCCCGCGGACUGUCCUUAUGUACUACGCCAACUUCUUAUCUUCUCCGGAAGGUUACUUCCACACGGUCCUCUGCAAUGCGCCGGAAUUCCAAAACACGACCGUCAACAGCGAUCUCCACUACAUAUCAUGGGACAACCCUCCGAAACAGCAUCCUCACUACCUCAACCCCGACCACUUCCAUAAAAUGGUCGGCAGCAAUGCGCCGUUCGCCAGAAAGUUCCCCCACGACAACCCCGUCCUCGACAGAAUCGAUUCUGAGCUCCUGUUCCGAGGCAAAGGCAUGCUCGUCCCCGGCGGAUGGUGCGUAGGAAGUCGGGAGAACGGGACGGACCCUUGCUCCGUUGUGGGCAACACAACCGUCCUGAGACCCACGAACGGCGCCAAACGACUGGAAAUUCUCAUGAACUCCCUGUUAUCGAACGACAAGUUUCGCCCGCGCCAAUGCAAGUAGAAAGCCCGGGAAAGUGUUCGACUGGUGAAUAUCUAUCAAUUGUUUUAGACGUAACGGGUAACGGGCUCGACGGUCGCCCCAGGGGAUCAAGAUUUGUAGCUGUAUAAGGUGUCUACAUAUUCCAGGAUCAAAAUCAGUGUCCUGGAAUUGAAUUGUUAGCCAAAUUUCAGUUGAUAUGGGCAACAGUUUCAUCAAUGAAGCAGUGCUCCAGCACUUCACUGAGGUGAGUUCUCUCUCUCUCUCUCUUCCUCUUUCUCUCUCUUUAUUUUAUUUUAAUUUUUUGUAUUGAAAAAAAAAAAGAAAAGAAAAAAAAAAAAAGAAAAAAAUGAGGUUGGGGCUGUUUGAAAAUGAGCAGCAAUGUUUGUUCCACUUGUUUUGUACAACUGUUGUCUCACUCACUUAAUGUAUACUUACACAAUCAUGGGAAUUUCAUUUGUUCAAACUUGUCCA